AUGUCAGCCAAAAUCUUCACCACCGACUCGUUCGAUCAUAAUGGCCAGAAGGCGGCCGCCCACUACAAGGUCUACAAGAUACGAUGGGCGUUGAUUGUGGCGGUGUUCGCAAUGAACGCCUUCUUUGGAAUGGUAAAUAUUGUUUUAGGUGUUUCUUUGAGUUGUUUCAAUAUUGUUUUAGGUGUUUUUUGAAAUGUUCCUUUGGAUAUUAUGUUAGGUUUUGACAAUUUUUAAGCUGAUUUACAUCUUGGUACCUCAUCGCAUGUUUUUGUAGCAUAAUUAAAGCACAAAACACCUGAAAAAUAAUAUUAAAUAAAACAUAUACCUUUUUGAAGCCUAUUUGAAAUUAAAUUCAAACCUUUUAUGAACCAUUGCAGAUAUCAACAGCUUUCAAUGAUCUUAAACCAGCUGACGACAUCCAAGAAAAACCGUUUCAAAACCUGUCGUUUUGGUUUCAAAUCACAUUUCCUAUCGGUUACAUAGUAGCUUCCUUUCCUGCAGCUUUAUUAUUGUCAAAUGCUGGUAUUCUCCCUAGUGUAAGAAUCUUACAGUAAGAUCCAUAUCUAAUGUUAAAAACACGUAUAUCUUAUAAGAAGAAAAUUAAAAGAGUACCGUUUUUCACUACCUAAAACUAACAACAAAAAAAGCCAAAAAAAACUUACAAAGAACAAUCUUAACGUCCAUUUCAGCUCUACAUCUCUCUUUUUCUUGGUCUUCUAGGCGUUGCAACGCGAUUCUGGGGAAUAUAUUAUCUUAGAUUCGUCGAAUUCCGGCUAGCAAUCAUUCUCCUAGGCAAGUAA